AUGUGUGCCUCGUUAACACCAGACAAAUUCAUAGGUGCUAACCUUCACGUCAAACUAAGUGAUUCCAGAAUCCUUGAAGGUAUACUCACUGUCAUUGAUCCAUUUGGUAACUUGCUCUUGUCAAAUGUGUAUGAAACUUCAAUCGACAAAUUAAAUGAUAAACAAUUACACGUUAGAGAAAUUGGUUUAGUCAGUGUACCUAGAGAAAGCAUUGAAAAUAUCAAAGUUGACAGAAAAACACAUAAAAGUAUAUUUGGAAUGGAAAGAAGUAAUUAA